AUGAAGUCUGCCCGAGAGGAACGUCGAGGUGACGUGGUGGUGGGUCAGUACUCUGUCAUGGACCCCGACGGGUCUCUGCGUGUGGUCGACUACUCGGUGGCUCCCGGCACAGGCUUCCAGGCCACCGUCCGCAAGGAGUACACGGGCGAGGCUUUCCAGGGACAGGAGCAGAGACUGCAGGCUCAGGCCAAGCAAAAUCGCAACCAGUACCAGCAGAACCGUGGCCAGUACUCACAGAACUACAAUCAAAACCAACAGAACCGUAACCAGUACCAGUACUCAGAAAAUCGCAACCAGAACCUGGAAAAUAGGAGACAAUAUUCUCAGAACCGCAAUCAGUAUCAACAAAACCGCAAUCAGUACUCCCAGUACAGCAACGAGUACCAACAGAACCGCUAUCAGAACCAGCAGAACAACGAGUACCAGCUAAACCCUAUUCCGUAUACUCGAAACCUCAACGAGUACCAACAGGACCGCAAUCAAACCAACCGCAACCAGUACCAGCAGAACUAUGACCAAAGCCUUUCCAGCCGCAACGACGUCAGGUACAACUUCCAGCGUUAUGGAACCAACCGCUUCACUCAGAACCUGAACCGUCCUUCGCCCAGCCUCUACAGCCAGAACCAAAACUACCUUCUGACCCGCUAUGGAUCCGCUUCUCAGAACCAGUACAGCAACCAGUACAACAACCGCGUCUACAACCAGUACAGCGCCCAAGUGAACAGGAACCAGCAGAACCAAGGUUACUCUCCCGUCAGCGUGGUUCUCGCUUCCUCAAGGAACUAA